CUCACUCCGGUUGCGUGCGACCAGUCCGACCAGCGUUCGCUCGAUAACGGUGAAAACAAAAUGUCUACUUCUACGAAACGGGUGCAGUGAGCCUCCUGUUCGUGUCCCGCACGGUGUUCAGCAAGCAAACGGCAGCAGCAGCACAGUGACACAGUGUCACCCUUCUGUGUGUGUGUCUCUCUCGAGCAUUUUGUGACUCCGGUCCAGUUCCCAAAACCGUGCAAAGCCGGACGGGGUCGUGCAGAACGGGGCGCAGCAUCUUUCACCGCUCGUGAAAGGCCAGCGGGGUGCCAUUCCCCCCUUUCGUCCCUGCCAUCGCGUACCACAGCGGAUGGUGUGAACAGCGGUAGACGCCGUGCAUGUGCGUGAGUCUCUUCUGAAGCUUGUAAGCUUCCGUGACGGGUACCAGCAGCCCCGAAGCAAAGGAAGAGAAGCUCCCCAAGCCGAUCUCUCGGUGCAUGUGUGUGCUUCCGGUGAGAAUGGAAAACGUUUCGGUGCAGCCGAGAAAGCAGAAAACCGUCACCACCACCACCUCAACGGCAACGACCAGCAGCAGCAGCUCCAGGUUGUCGCAACAUUGCUGAAGAAGCAGCACUGUAAAAGCAGUCUCGUUUUUCGGUAGUGUAGCAACCGGCGCGGACCCAUAAGGAGCUACGGAGAACAGGAUUCCCGACUGGUCAAUACCGCGCGCGCGUGUGUGUGUUUGUGUUGUGGGUGUGGUGACUCCCUGUAGUAGCCGGUCAAACCCCAUUUCCCCAGGGUGGUGUGUGCAGUGUCCUGGUGUGUGCGCAAUGCACCUGUGUGAGCAUUUCUGCCAGUAGCGUUUGAGUGUGCGUGUUCGGAAGGAAAAAAAGCAAAAAGUUUUUGGGGUACGCUUUACAGUGAUGCAGUGGCAGUUGUCGUUGGCAGGCAGGGUGCAAGUGCAAAGCAAUCGAAAAAAUUAACAAACGGCCGAAAGCCCGCGUUUCGUGAGCGUUCGUUUCGGUGUACGGUGUUCGGUGGUUCUUGCGAAGGAGACAACCACAUCCAGCGCCGAGCGCUUAGGAGAUCUUCCUCAGCUAAGAGGGCAGCAGCAAACAGCAACAGUAUAGCCGCGGCAGCCUGUGAAAUCAAUACGACGAUGUCGGCCACGAUGAGAACCACCUUGCAGACGGUGCCGGAGUCGCUGCCGGCCGACCACAUCACCAACAGUGGCGCCCCGGUGCAGUGCGCCGCCCAGAUGGAACCGAAAUCGCACUCGCACAGCAACUCGGCCGGCAACAAAUCGAUCCGCUCGUCCACCAGCCGGCGUGUCUAGGCCGUCCAGGUUGUGUUCUACCCUGCCCCUCGUAACAGAUACGCGCUCCGGCGGUUGCAGAGACCACCACCAUCACCACCAACCAAGAGUGUGUUUUUGAGUGUGGUUGCAAAUCGAUCUCUCGUACCUACAGUGUGUGUUGUUGUGAAUGUGGAGAAGACACCAUUAGAAGAAGCAGCAGAAACGCCACGAUAUCCACUUGCGUAUGCGCGUUGUGUGCACGUCUGUGUAUGUGUGAUUGCAUCGAAUGAGUCAGCUGCACAACUGCGCCGGACUGACUGACUAACAACCGUGAGGGGAGAGGGGUUGGUUUGCCUGACUCUCUCGCGCUCCCGAGGUCUCUGCAGCUUUCGGAACAGAGUGUGCGGCGGGGCCUCCUCGGUGUGUAUGUGUGUAAGGCCCCCAUACUACCAGCUGUACUGAUAAGAAAGUCAUUCGCGGCUCGUUUCACCUCGUUUCGGAACGGCGAAACCGGAGCGCAGCAGGCAGUUGUGUGAAUCGGUGCCGUUGUGUUCGGCUCGCUGUUGUUCGUUCGCUGCAGCUUUUUUUCCGCCCCGUUCCGCGGCAGCACAUCCGGCAGCGACGACCUGCAGCAGCAGCAGCAACAGCAGUGCUGAAAGCAGUUGAUUGGUAUCGUCUUCCAUCACCAAACGUGUCUGCAGUGUUGCAGUGUUUCUGUGUGUGUAGAGUGUGUGCGGUUUUCCUCCCCAAGUUUGGCCAU